AUGGCAACCUCCAGCCAUACACGGCCAGAGCAUACUAUUGUCCAGGCUGCGUUUAGAAACGCUACUCCAUAUAUUCUCCAGCUAUUUCUAGCUGAGAUUGAGAAGCUCGAUCUUUUUGGGGAAGGGCACACUGAUGAGGCCUAUGUCGAAAGCCUGACUGAGCUGAAAUAUGCCAUCGAGCUGAUACACAAACCCAGAGUCAAAAAACAAUUGGCAAGAUUAUAA